UCUGUGUCUUGUGUUUGCUGAAGUGACACAGUGGGUGCAGAUGAAGGGAACGACUCACUUCCUUUGAAAAAACUUUCCAAUGACUACCUUGACUUCUUUGCUUCUGACGAAGACGUAGAGGGCUCUGCUCUCUGUCUGGUGCUUCCAUUGCUGACUCCAUCGCUUUAUUCACCUUUACAUGAAUGGUGGGGACAUGGUGGACUGAAAUAUGUCAUUUUGAAUCCAGGGUCAACAAAACUGGCUGUGUCCAGCAGCUCUUCUGUGGUGGGAUCUGAAAACUUUUCCUUAAUGUAAUGAAGGAUGCUGGUUUUAACUGUUUUGGUCAGUUCCACACAUCUUCCUCCUCUGACAGCACCCAUGAUUGAAGGAUGUGUAAGACAGGCUUCACAAAGGAAAUGGUGACACUCUUCUCCUGACAGGGCAUCUGUGAACUCCAUCAAUGGGGAGAGAGCUCUGUUGGCAUUCUCUAAGACAUCCAGACUUUCAAGGAUGAGAACCAUCAGAGCAAAAACCUUCUUGCUUGCAGUAGCUCUUGGUCUUCUGGUCCUCCUUCUCUGUAAAGAUUGUAUGGACCACAAAACCAUCCACCUGCAUGAAAAUGUGAGAGAGGAGGACAGCCAAAUAAGUCAACCCAUCACAAAGAACUCUCUUUUGUACACCUUGCCAAGAUGUCAACAAAAUAAGUCAGCUUCCAACGUCACAGGCUUCAGCUCUCUUCCUGUGAGCAUACAGGACUUUCUCUACCAUCGACACUGUCGCCAUUUUCCCAUGCUGCUAGACCUUCCAGACAAAUGCAGAGGAAGAGAUGUUUUCCUUCUGCUGGUUAUCAAAAGCUCACCUGGAAACUAUGACCGCAGGGAGGUGCUGCGAAAAACGUGGGCUAAAGAAAGGGUACACAGUGGUGUGCGGAUCCAAAGGAUCUUUCUCUCAGGAACCACGGGGUCUGGUUUUGAGAAAGAGAGACUGAACAAACUUCUGGAGCUGGAGCAACAAGAGUACAAUGAUAUACUUCAGUGGGACUUCAGUGACACAUUUUACAACCUCACCUUGAAGCAGGUGCUUUUCCUUGAAUGGAUGGAGAGAAACUGUCCAAAUGCUCGCUUCCUGCUUAAUGGUGACGAUGAUGUUUUUGCCAAUACAGACAACAUGGUCGAGUAUCUCCAAAGCCUUAAAGAUAACGAUGGAAGGAAGCACCUUUUUACCGGUCAUUUGAUCCAAAAUGUGGGACCCAUCAGAUCAUCAGCGAGCAAAUAUUAUAUCCCAGUUCAGGUACAGGAGUCUAACUCAUAUCCGCCCUACUGUGGUGGCGGGGGCUUCUUAUUAUCCGGCUAUACAACUUUGGUCAUAUACAAAAUGUCCCAGUCGAUUUCCAUUCUUCCCAUUGAUGAUGUUUACAUGGGGAUGUGUCUGGCUAAAGCAGGACUAAGUCCGUCUUCCCAUAUGGGUGUAAAGACAGCAGGACUACAUAUUCCCUCUAACAAACUGGAUGAAUUAGAUCCAUGCAUUUAUAAAGACGUUUUACUAGUGCACAGAUUCCUUUCAGCUCACAUGUAUCUUAUGUGGCACAGAAUACACAAUCCCAGACUGAACUGUAGUCCUUCCAAGAAAAGGCUGUAGAAGAACUUAUCUGUAACUCAGAGGUGUUUAAAGAACAUACGGAGACUUUGUUGUUGGAGGUGUGAUCUCAGUCUAUCUACAGGACAGUACUUAGUAGUACUGUUUUUAACUCUGUUGUCAUCCAUCUGAAUCAGGACAAACCCAGACAACAGAUACAGAUUAUGAAGAAGGGAAUAACAAAGCCAUAGCUUCAAACAUCUUGUGGAAAUGUAUGUCCAAUUUUAACUGCCCUUUAACUUUACUUGCCUUUUCAAAGGCUAAGGUAAAAUCAUUUACAGGGCUGUACAGUGAAACAUAAUUUAUAUGUCACACAUGCUACACAAAAGUUUGGCUUUGAUACGAGGUUAUUUCAUUGCAUCGCGCCAAGGCAAUGAGAGAUUGGGAGAGAGAGGGGUAUGUUUGUGUAGGGGUUAUGAUUCCUAGGAUGUCACCUGGUGUCAGACAGGGCCAACUCAAAGCAUGCACUAUACAGGUAGUAGUCAUGUUUAAGGAGCACUGCCUCAAACAAACUCAGUGUGUUUUUAUAAAGGCUCACAUGCUAAAAAUGCUAAAUACAAGUAUCAGUAUAAUUCCCCAUUGUCAUCUGCUUCUCUCUGAGUCUUGCCAGACUGCCCUUCACAGUUUACAGUCAGUGAAAUGACCAAGUACUAAACUCUAACUAAAGGUUUCCGUAUGAAAUGAUGCACACUUCUUUUCUUUGAUAUUGCAAGUUCUGCUGUUUAUAUAAUCGAUGCAAAGUCCCAUAGUAGUGGUUGCAAGAGGGUCGUCUGAGAACUGGGUCUGCAUCCUCUCGAUUAAUUUACCUUUAUAAUUGCUGAUAAUUGAAUGUAUGCUGCACAAGAGCAAAUUUGCUAGUAGGCAAAGUAACUGUGACCUGACUGAUGGGACCUGGGUACAGGUAAGGGUCCUGUCUUUUAUAAAUGAGAUAUUCCAGCCAACAGACUACAAGGCGUACAAACAUGUUUUCCUUUAUUGACUGAAACAUUAAUUGUAUUUCAACAACUGAAGGAAUAUUUAUUAAUAGCUGAAAUAUUUUAAAUAUCACGUUUGCCUUUAAAGAAGUUGAGCCUGUUGAAACCUCAGUAGGUUUUGCGCUGUGUUUGUCUUCACCAGUUGCGUGUUAGGCCUUAAAGUUGUCUGGUCUGUCAAAUCUUUGAUUGAAUGUGGGAGUGUGUUUGGUGUCAGUAUAACUUAUUUGUACAACAGCUCUCAGCCUGGGAAUGGGACUUUGCUUUGCUAAGGGCUGGGUAUUGAUUUAUGAUACAGUCUAUCUGCACACUGAAUUAUGUCCAUUGUACAUUUUUCUCCAAUAACAGCAAACUAUCAUAAACAGACACUGAAUGUUUUCUCAUCACUUAUAUUUGAAAUGAAACCAAAAUAUUUGAAGUGCACUGAGGCAGGCCAGUAAACUGGUACACUUUGGUAUCAGUACCCAGCUCUGGUUGUGCUGUGGUUUGUCCACACUGUUACAGAAAAUAGCCAUAGAUCCUCAGGGUUUAACAAUAAAGAUGUCAUAUGACUAUUUUGGCUAAGGGCUUGUAAAACCUAUGCUUUUGUGUAAGAUUUUUUUUUAAAUGUCUAUUUAUGUUGAACGCCAUCUUAAAGGAAAUUAAGUUUUUUUUGUGCCUUACAGUGCCUCUCAGCAAGAAACAGCUGUGAAAAUGAUUUAUAAGAUGUUUCUGAGGACAGAAAGUGUUAAGUUACCUAAAUUCCUAAAACAACAGUCAUGGUCAGACGGGUUUUAUAUGCUAAACUUCCAACUUUUUAAAGUUGAUUAUUGUAAUGUGUUUUUCUUUUUCAAUUAUGUUAUAAAAAUGAUUUUCAUUUAUUUUUAUGCUGCUAAGAUGGAUUUUUUUUGUUUUAUUUUCAUAAUGAUGGCUUUGAGAUAAAUUUUGUACUGCAUAUAAAAUGACUUUGUGUUUGAGCAUAACAGGACAUCCUUAUCGUGUUUUCAGAGACUGCCCAAAUGGAGACAUUUUGGAGCCGUGCUUCUUUGUUUCCUCUAAAAACACAUUCAGCUGUCUGAGUGGAAUGAAGAUGAUGUAUAUAUACCUCUGAGGGUCAGCAAACAAUCAGCAGUUCAUCGUGCUACCUGCCAGGGAGAGAAACACUAUGUAUGUACAUGUUUACAUACUGUAUGUAUAUUUACACAUAUAUGUGAUAGCCCUGUGGACAGCUGUAUACAUUCAACACCAAUGAGUCAGAUUUUACACAGGACCUCAAAUGAAAGAAAGUACCUGGGCAGCACAGGGAUGUUAGGUAGUGUUGUGAUUAUGUUGUGUGCCACAUGGUCAGAUGGUCUGGGGUUUGUCUCCAACCCUCAGCACUUUACCACAUGACUCUUUUCAACAUAAAUGCAUAAAAGACCAAAAUAAUGAUGAACACAAGCCAUUUACCAUAAAAAGUAUAACCUACAAUAAAUGAAAAUAUAAAACCUGAUUGUGGUCACCAAGGUGCCAAACUGCUUCUCAUAAACCAAAUUAUUUGUCUUAUGAGCAGCUUUAGUCAGGCUACAUAGUUGACAUCAGGGAUGGGCAACUUUGGUUAUCAAGAGUGUAGGAUAUUAUUAGUUUAACCCCUGUGACUGCUAAUAAUUCAAUGAUGGGAAGAAUAUGUUGCUUUCCUGAUAAUUAUAAUGAAAGAAAUUAAGAAUGUAUGAAUUUCAAGUAUUUUAGUGAAAUUUAAAACUAAUGAUAAAUCAAUGAAAAUAAAAUUAAAGAAAUUUGAUAAAUAAAGAAUUGACAAAGCAAAAUAUUAAAAUUUAGAUAGAAUAAUAUUUGAAAAUUAAAAAUAUAAUAAAAAUGAAGCACUUUAGAAUACAUUUCUAAUUUUGAUAAAAUAGAAAAAACUAUAAAAAGUAUUAAACACAUUUAAUUAUAGAUUAAAAAAACAAUAUAAAGAAAAAUAAAAUGAACAGGAAAUAAAACUCAAAAGAAAAUCAUUAGUUAAAUUU